AUGAAAUGCUUAAGCCUUGUAGGCACGAGCUGGGCAUGGACAAUAUCCAGCAUCUGGUCCUGGAGCAGCAUCCUCUCCACGAACUCCUGGAGUUCCGUUCUUUCCUGGUGGUCCUGGUGGUCCUGGACGUCCAGCGUUUCCUGGCUUUCCAGACUCUCCAUCGUUUCCUGGGGCUCCUGGUUGUCCAGCUGGUCCAGCCUCUCCACGUGGUCCUGGUGGUCCUGGACGUCCUGGUUGUCCUGGCUUGUACUCCGUUCCUGGCUCUCCACGUGGUCCUGGUGGUCCUGGUCUUCCGGCGUUUCCUGGACGUCCAGCAUCUCCUCCCUCUCCUGGAGCUCCUGGUCCUCCUGGUGGUCCUGGUGGUCCCUUGCGUCCGUUGUCUCCAGAUGGUCCAGCUGGUCCAACCUCUCCUGGUGGUCCACGUGGUCCUGGGCGUCCUGGUGGGCAUUGAAUGCAACCUCCUGGAAGAUCGUGAACAAUAGCGACGACCUCUCCGGCGAGUCCUGGCUUUCCAUCGUCUCCGUCUGGUCCGGAUUCUCCUUGUGGUCCUUGCUCUCCUGGAGUUCCUGGUGGUCCUGGUGGGCAUCCCUCGGAACGUGGUCCACAGUUACAUUGUUCUGGGAAUCCAGAUUGACGAGAUCUACGAACUCCGAAGAGAGAAACAAAAAAAAAUAA